GUGCCGAAGCUUGAUUUUCCAACUUUUAUUCCUUGUUUUAGAACCACAAUAGAACUCGGUGGCCCACUAAUGCAAGAUCAUCUAAGGGAGAUCGAGGGAACGCUUGCCCGAACAAGCGAGCGCAAAAAUACCAUAUUGUAUAAGCUUACGAAACGGAGGGCGGAAGAGGAGCGUUUAGAACGGCUUGGUAUUAACAAAAUACCCCCUAGCCCACACAAUGUGAAUGAUAUUAGCGUAAUUAAGUUUGUUUUGCACAGGUUAAAACAGGAAAUUGGUGACAAAAUUGCACGAAUUCGCAACGCAUCUUUUAUAAGCAUCGAAAAAGAUGGCGAGGGAGUAGUACGAGCAAGAAAUGACGAAAUUAAUAAACUAAUAGCUCAAAAAAAUCAAUGGGAAAAUAGGCUUGCUAUUUUAAAGAAUGAAGGCUGGGUUAACUCCAUAUCUAACAAGGUUUUUUUCGGUUGCGCUAAGGACUUACCAGAGGCUGCAACUUUUCGCACAAAACGCGAGCGCCCUGUGCUAGAGAGUGAUGAAGAACUGUCAUCACACAGGAGCCAAUCGCUUGGUUCAACUACCAAUGAACUUGAGUCUCUCGAAUCCACUAUCAAAACGACUUACCUUGAAAAGGUUACAUGGCUUUUGUCACCAGAACUUGAAGAAAAAGUUUUGAAGCUUGAAAAGGAAAGUGAGAUAAAUGAUCGGCAGGAAACUAAUGCAAUUGUAAGUACCGUAGAACCUAGAAAAACAGGAGGAACAAGAUACAUAUCUUAUUUUCAGAACUUAGAACUCCCUGAAGAAAAGGAGUUUGAACGGAUGGCUGUUGAGAAGCGGAAAUUGGGUUUAAAGAAGCGCCUUGAGUCCUUAAAGGACAACAUUUGAAAUGUUGUGUGAUCAUAUUAAAUGUGUUUAGGUGUUGUCCCUCAUUACCCACAAAAU